GCUACAUCCUGCAUGGAUCCAACUGUGAAGGCCCAGAUCGAUCACACUGCAGUGGCAUAAAAAUAUAUCGUACCAUACUUUCAACUGAUUUGACUUCCAGACAACUGAGACCGUCUUGGUUGGCAAGUGCUGAAAAGCUGUCCAUCAGUGUCUUUCUUCAUAUCGCAUCGAGCCAUUAAUCAUUGGAGAAGACCUGAAUACAAAACUUUCACGUGAGAGUGAGGGUGGUGACUAAGUGAAACAGAAGGAAAUCCCCCAGCUGUGCAUCAUACAUCACAAAGACCAGUUUCGGAAGUUUUCGGGACAGCCAAAAACAAAUCGAGCACCUUUUCGGCCAAGAUCAUCGAUCAAACUGUGUCCUUUGUUCUGACUAUCGUCAUCAUCACACUUGACCGUCGCUCCUUCCUCUCCCGUGUUUUCCAAGGAGACGGACCAAAACGACCAAAGUGAGCUAGCUAGUGAGUCCGCAGAGUCAGUCAGUUACCCAGUACCCAGUUAGUGAGUGAGUGUGUGCGUGCAUAUUCAAGCGAGAAUUGCGGUUGACAAGUAGUCGAACCGCCAAGUUCAACGCUCGAUGUGAUCUCUGUUUGUCUGUCUCAUUCUCACUUGACUUUGGUGUGAGCUUGGUAUCUGAUUCAGCGGGGAAAAAGUGGAGAUCCUCGACUCUUUUUUUUCUGUUGAGUCACUCGUGAGCUGUUAACGAACGAGAGACUCGUUGAUUUUGGAGUGUUCCAUUGAAUCUCUUCCGAGAUCUCAAGCGGGAGUUGAUCUUUCAAGACGCAGGUGUAGUGAGGGAUGUGUGCCAUGUCGCUCGUCUAGAAGGAAUUAAACUACUGGAAAUCAAGAAGUUCAAGUCUCGACUUUCCUCAUUAGAGCGAUAAGUGUCAAAGACUUAGUUCAUCCGAAAUAUUGUGAAGGAGCAUCAUCCCCCCUGUCAGUCUCAGGUCACCGGCUCAAGACAAUACCUGUCUUUCACCAGUUCUCAUCCAAGCCAUUGUCAAUGCUGUAACUGAUCUCACCACGCUCUAUGCCAGUUGUGAAUUUGUCGCUUAUUUACGCAGAGCAAAGCCAAACAGAAACGCUACACCUCGAACCAAUCCCAAGCGUAAAUAUUAGCAACCACCAUGUAUUUCGCCAAAAGUAUCUCAUUCCUCGGCUUGUUAGCCGUAUCCGAUGUGCUAUUCAUGGGGAAUGUUGUCAGAGCCCAAAACGAUUGUCAGGGGUUCAAGGUUGGAGCUGAGGAACAUGCGACCGUCCAAUACAAAGAGCAGAACAGAAGAGGUGUGACCAAACAAGAGGUUACAAAGGCCGAGAUCAAAUGGACUCCCCAAGCCAUGCUGGAAGACUGGAGUUGUUACGAAUUGGAAACCGCCACACUUAUGUACAAGAGCUCAAACGACGAUGACUGGCAACCCACCGAGGCCUCUCAGCGAUCUGCCGGACAGUCGAGCAAAUGGUCUGUCGAUGUGAAGCCUUGUUUGGAGUAUCAAUUUCAGAUCCGAGUCAUGGGUAAAAUCGAAACAAUCCUGGAUCUCCCUACUGUCCUUGGACCAGCCAGUGAGGAACAGAUCGCCGAGAGCGGAUUUAUUCCUGGACCUCCAUCUGAUCUCGAGUCGGUGGUUGGAGCUUAUAAUGCUAAGUUGAGCUGGACCCCGAGCGAUUGUGGGAAAAAGUACGACAUCAAUUUCCACGAGGUCGGUUCAGACGAAUACCGAUACGAGACCAUCAAAGAAAAUAAUUUGGAAAUAGGAGACCUUAAACCUUGCACUAACUACGAAGCGACUUUAAAUGCUCUCAUUGGAGAUGAUUAUAGUGAAGAUUAUGUGUCGAACUUUGCCACGAAGCCGCGCUUGGAUGCAGCCUCCGAAAUGGCAAUAACUGUCACGCCCGAGAUGGAUUCAGCUGUCAUCUCCUGGGAGGCUUGGAAGAGUGUGUCAUGCAUUGAUGAAUACGAAGUGACUAUCUGCAGUGUGUCAUCCUCGCAGGACGAGUGCAAGACCACGGAAAUCGUCAAGAAGGCUCCAGGUGUUCCAACCAUCACCCAUACAGCCCUCGGACUGAACCCGUGCACGGAUUACAAUCUGAAGAUCACCCCUCUUUACACAGACACUGUCAUUGAGAGCAAGAUGGUCUCUUUCAAGACCCAGUCGCCUCCAGCGGCAACGCUACAAAUUGGCAACCUCAUGGCCGACUCAGUCUCAUCUGGAUCCGUCUACUUGAAAUGGGACGGAGUCAAUUGUGCUACAUCCUAUAAGAUCUCUCGCAAAGCCUCGGACGAGUCCGAAUGGAAGGAAGUGGAGUCCACUGAUCAGGAUGAGAUCACCGUCUCCGAUAUCACUCCUUGCACUCAAUUUCAAUUCGCCGUGUCAGCCGUUGUCGAUGGACUAGAAACUGAAAAGGCCAUCAGUGAUCAAAUCAUGUCCGAUUUGGACGAGAAUCAUCCUUUUGAGGCGCCCAACUUGGACAUUCAGAACGCAGAUCGCGAGGCCAGCUUGAAAUGGAAUCAUGCCGAUUGCAUCGAGUCUUACGUCAUCAAGGUGUGCCAGAGCUCCUACACAGAUUGUACCGAGGAAACGUUGAUUCCUGAUGGAGAGAAGACAAUCCUACAUUCCGUCCGUAAUUUGGAACCGUGUACUCAAUAUUCUUUGGAGAUCAUCCCAGCCAUCCCCGGCAAAAUGUUCACUGCUCGACCCUCCGAGUUCACUACCACCAAUGGCGUUCCACAAGCUCCGACGGAGUUCUCCGCAGAAUUGGUGGACGGGAAGGCCGUGCUCAACUGGGAGGCCAUCCAAUGCGCCACUGGCUACAAGAUCUAUCACAAGACCAAUGACAACGAAGGCCAGGAGAGCUCAACCGUGACCAAGAAUCUCUCCGAAGAGUAUGAAGACCUAACGCCUUGUCAAACCUACUACUACUCAGUGUCUACCAUGGUUGACGGACAAGAGAGUGACAAGACUGAAUGGCAAAGCCUUUUGAUUCCACCCAUCAGCGAGCUACCUCCGGUCCUCAAGAUUGUUCACAAUGAGGGUGACAACAUCACUAUUCGUCUGGAACCCUCAGAAAUCAACUCCAUGUGCCAGGCCGCCGAGUACGAGCUCAGCUACUCGAAGAAUGGCAACAAGCCAUACAAGACCAAAGUGAUCUCAGCUUCUGAUGUUCCCAAUCGUGACAUUCUUCUGGCCUUCAAGGGAGCCUCCAGUGAGACCAUGAUUGUCCAAGGGCGAAUGCGCUACGAGGACACCUCGGUGUGGUCCGAGGUGGCCAGUUCUCGGGAGCCAGGCGACAUGAGUGAGAUGCAGCACAUCCCGUCACAAACUUCGACCAUGGUACCCAUCAUCAUUGGUGCCAUCGUGGCCUUUGUCAUUAUCCUAAUCAUCAUCGUGUUCAUCGUGAAGAAGCGUCGGAAUCGCAAUAACUACGACGCCGAGAAGGCCGAGAAUGGCAAGCAAAGCAGCGAUGAAACUCGAAAGUUGAACGAUCAUCCUGACGCUUAAUCUUUAAAUCUCAUCAUCCAUUAGACAUUCUCCUUACAACCACCACCAAUUCUGUCUCCAAAUAAGUGUGUGCAUUAUUAUGAAAUCGAAAUCCGAAAGCUGUGACAGACAGAAUGAUCCCAAAACGCUCGAAACAAGAGAGAAAACCGCAGACAGCAUAAGCAGGCAUAAACACUAUCCAGCUCUCGAGCCCGUAUCAGAAACAAACAAUGUUGUUGUCGUUGUGAAUCAAGUGAACCAUGUGUAAAUACAAACUUCGGAAACAAUUGCAUAGAGGCUACUGAUGCUCUCUCUCGUCCCUGAGUGUCUGUCCCCGGGCCGUCAUGAGUGUCAAAAUCCCGGUAUUAGUCAUCGUGUAAUUCUAUUAUUCAUUAAAAUAAUAAUGAUCAUUGUCAUUAUGAUAACGAUAAUCCUAGCAUCAGUCUCUGUAUUAUGAUCACCAAACUUUCGCCACAAACACAUGAACUAUCCUACACAGUUUUGCUGCUUCAGCCGUAUUUCUCUCUCUAUUUCUUUGUCAACCUUGAAAUUUCCAAUGACGUUCAUAAAUAUACACUCUGAACAAACUCAACGAAUAAAUCCAAGACAACUCA